AUGGCCGUUCACGAGCAGUUUUUGCGAUUCGCAAGUGGCAAUGAACAGCGCUCAAUAAGCCGCGAGGACUUGGGCUUCUAUCAUGCUGUGAUUGUCGGCGCUCUCUAUGAAUUUGGUGACGACGUGGAUGCUUAUUCACCAAGUUCAUAUUACCAACCACUUCGACAGUGCAUUGAAGAGCAUGCAUAUCUCCACGUCGCAAUUGGUGACACGCAUACCGACAAGGCAUUUUACCACCACGUCUUGGACAUCCACUUAGAACAACACGUCGUCAUGGCUGAUCACACCGCGUCCAGUGAUGAUUUGACCGGAAUCCAGAAAGUACUAGCAGACGACCUAGAUAAGCCAUUUCCAACCGGUGUUCCUCCAUGGAGAAUCACUGUCCUCCCACUGCGGACGGGCUGCUUCAUUGCCUUUUCUUACUCGCAUUCGAUUGGAGAUGGCUGGACAGGAGUCGUGUUCCACCAUACCUUUCUGAACGCAUUCAGGAAGUGCCCAAUAUCCUCACGAUCGGUAGAUCCCUUGGUCAAAAUACCUCCAAGGCCGCUACCCCCACCGUUUGAUACGCCUGAAAGAUUGCCCAUAUCCUGGUCAUACCUUAUUGCACCCCUCGUUGCGAUGAUUUUGCCAGCAUUUGUCACAAAACUACUGCGGCUACGGGUUUCUGUUUCCGCCGUCAACACAAGCACUUGGACUGGCUCACUAUCCCGUUUCGAUGCAGAGACUCAUCGAACAAAGGUUGUGGUAUAUGAAAUCGAAGAACACAUCCUUAGUUCAGCAAUCCGUGCAGCAAGAGACCACGAUGCCAAGUUGACUGCAACUUUUCACGGCAUUGUGAGCCGGGCACUGAGCAGGGCUAUCCCCGAUCGCAAAUAUACAAACUUUGCAUCUUUGACGGCAGUGAAUAUGCGGACAUCCAUCGGCAUUCCAGUUGACGAAAUGGGUAAUUUCGUAUCAGGCUUGUAUAUGAGCCAUCCGCGCGACGACACACGUGGCGACUUUUCCGAUGAUUUUUGGGCUGCUGCCUGCGCGAAUACUCACAAGCUCAUGGCAGCAGCUUCAGCACUCUCAGAUCAACCAAUUGGCUUGCUCCGAUAUUUGUUGAGCAUUAGGAAAUGGUUAGUAGGGAGGAUUGGCAAGCAGCGAGACAGCUCAUACGAAGUGAGUAACAUAGGCUCUUUCGAUGCUGAAAAUCACUUGUCGAAUAAUAGCGACGAGACAGCUAGAAUUACGAAAAUGGCGUUUGCACAGCCUGGACAUGUCAGCUCCUCUGUAAUGGCAUUCAAUCUCGCUAGUGUUAAAGGCGGCAACUUGAUAUAUAGCGUAACUUGGCAACAAGGAGCUUUGGGCAUCGACGAGGAGAAUGAAGAUAGCCUUGUUCAUAGCAUCUGUGCUACAAUUAGGCAAGACUUGGAAUCGUUAGUGUAG